CGCUUGUGCAUGAACGGCGCUUAUCUACUCUAUCAGCCUUACAGCCUUGCCGAUAACCAAGAUCCUUCAAAGUCAGGUAGAACAUUAACUUCCUAGUCGUCAAACACUGAUAUACUGGUUCAGUUUUAACUAACAACGAGCUCUAUUCUACCUAUUCUCUUCAAAGCAAAUCUCAUGACCACAGCGCAUGGUGCAUCUGGCCAUGCAUGCGCGCAAAUACAACUACAGUUAAUAUAAUCCAUCCGCCAACCUUCCUGCCACCACAGAUCAUCCGGUGUUCACUUUUCUAGGCGCAUUAGAAAUAAGGCUCUUAGAUUUCAGCCCGGCAUACCUAUCAACAUAAUAACUACUUUCAGGUUAAGAAACCAACUAUGGAUCUCGCCCAGACACUCGUACGCUCUGUCAUGAGAGCCUUUUAUGACACAAAGCAUAUUCUGGUCAUUGAUGCAUUGAUUAUACACUCAGCCUUGCGAGAUGACGAUAUGGCCUUUCUGAUGGGUAUGAACACCAAAGAGCUUCACAAGUUAUGCGGAAAGCUCAGGGAAGACAGGUUCUUGGCAGUACAUACCCGAUCUGAGACAAAAGAGGGCCAACAACGUCCCAUAAACAGGACCUAUUACUAUAUCGAUUAUCGCGCCACGGUGGAUGCAAUCAAGUGGCGGGUAUACCGUAUCGACAAGAAUGUUCAAGGCAAUACCAUCCCGAAGGAAGAGAGGAAGGAAUAUGUCUGUCCACGUUGCCAGUCUGAAUGGACACAAUUGGAGGUUCUGGACAAGAUCGACUACAAGCUGGGUUUCUUGUGCCAUAAGUGCAGUUACCCGCUUGUCCCCAAUGAGCACGGAGACAGUGGUGGCCAUGAGCAAUCUACAAGACUCAAUGCUCAAUUCAGAUUUAUCACGGACCUACUUCCGAAAAUUGAUCAAGUGGUUAUUCCCGAUAGCACCUUUGAGGUCGCCUACGCAGCUGCACGACCAGUCAUUCGAGAUGCCUUGCUCAAUCCUGCAAAUGAGACAGUCCCUGUCGACUCGUUAUCUAAUAGGCCCACAGCAGUCAAAGGCCUCACAAAUACCGGCCCAACAAGCAUUGCAGUCACAGUUACAGCCUCUGAAGGGCCAACAGAGGCAGACAAGGCUGCUGAGCAAGCGCGCAGAGAAGCGUAUUUGGCGCAAAAUGUGCUUCCGGCUCAUUUCACACACAGUACUGUGACUGGUGAACAGAUUAUCCCUACCUCGCAACCAGCCAUGAAGUCAGAGUCUCUGGAAGAAAGCAAGGACAAGAAAGAUAUUGUCACCACGCCAUCAUUUUCGGGUGAUGGAGCUGCGAUUGAUGACUACUUUGCACAACUUAAAGCCGAACAGGCUCGAGAAGCAGAAAAGGAGGCAGAAGAUGAGUUCGAGACGGAUGAGGACGAAGAUGAGGAUGAAGAUCUGGGUUUCGAGGACGUAGUGCCAGCUACCGGGUCUGGGGUUGGCACACCGAGCAGCGCCGUUUCGGAUUCUAAGCCGCACGCCGGUGGUCUUGCCAGCGCACUGAGGAAGUCCAAAGCGGGGACAGGCAGUCCCAGUGGGGGCACGAGCACAGGGGUUGGUAGCCCUGCGACAGGACCAGGAACUCCAGAAAGUGGGAGAGCAUCGAAGAAAGUAAGAAUUGAAGAGCCGGCGGCGGCAGAGGAGGUUGAGAGUGAGGAGGAUGUUGAAUUUGAAGACGUUUGAUCUGCCGGUGGGCAGAUAGCGUAGAUUCAACUUGGAGGACUAGGACUGUUUAAGGGGUAGGGAAAUCACACUUGGGGUGGGGGAGUUGUACUCGUCGAACUGGGACGCUGAGAUAUUGCUUUUGCAGUCUGAGACAUACGAGAUAGCUCACCCCACCAGCCACAGCAAUACUCUCAGCCCUACCCUCAGAACCCCAAACGGCGUAGCAAAAGGUAGCGGCAUGUUGCGGAGGGAACAGUCUGGAAAGCUGGGUUGCAAAGCACCAUAUAAUGACUCCAAAUCCACCUAAUACAAAUAAAAACUUGCAUUUGUCAGAGACUUAUCACUAGGAGACCCCUGCCCCA